AUCUGCAAUUUCUUGAGCUAAAUGUUGAGAUUAUGUUUAAUUUUUUCUGGCUAUGUAAAAUACAAAUAGUUAGCAAUGUUUCUGUGAGUAUUUCAUGUAUAUCAACACGGAAUCUUUUACAUACAAAGUAUCGAAAGUUUUUCGUAUCUAAUGGGAGUGUCGUUUAGAUGCGCUGACCUUCGUUUUGAUGCACAACUCACAACAAAGCAUCAAAUUGACGGCUGCCCCAUUUUCACAACAAUCUUAGGAUUUGUUACUGGUUAAUUAUUAGUGAAAAUCAAUUACUAUGAUGAGGUUCCAAAUGAUAAACAGCAACCUGUUAUGUGCCAAGUGUUACGUGAGUGGAAAGUAAAAUGAUAAUGGAAUCGGCGACUACGCAAACAAUUUUGUACGGUGUGAUUUGUCGUUCAGAACCACAGACUUUCUUUUUAACUUCUAGGAAAGUAUUAUUAAACCUGAGGAAAUAAAAUUGUUGGAUCAAAAUGAAUGAGAGGGAUAUUCCCAGUGUCCCCAUUACAACACUAGCAGGAGUAGCUAGUCUGACAGAUUUAUUACCAGUGUUACCACUUCCAACACCUUUACCGUCAACAUUAAAUAACAAGUCGCAACUUUUCCACCCACUGGUGGCUGAAGAGGCAGCAAAAUUAUUGGCAACACGAGAUAAAGAUUUAGUUUCGCAGCUUCUUGAGUCACUAAUGCAAACGUCUGUACGGAAUAUAGAUUUAAAGGAUGAAAGCAUUCCAAAUGCAGUUAGUCCUGCACCUCAACAACAAUCUACACCUGAAUUGUUGAAGGCAAUUUUAAGCAUAAAUCCCAAUGUAUUUGAUCAACAGCAACAAAAUCAUUGGAGUAACAAUAGUAUACACACAUCAAAAUUUAAUGGGAUAUCUCCAUCUCCAUCAUAUAGUUAUACACAACAUAAUGCAGUUCCCUCAAGCCCUUCGACAUUAGGGACAGCAAUUCACUCUGGGACCAUUCCCAGUCAACAGUUGUUGGCUCCACCAUGUCAGUCAUCACCUCACGUAAACAUGGGUUCCCCUCCAUCCCAGGCCAGACCAGGUUCCCAACUUAAUAUCACUGGACAAAAUAGUAUAUCCCCGAUUUGGAGUAAUGCAAAUUCAUCCAGUACAUAUCCGAGUCCGCAGUCCACAACUUGUUCGAAUCCUCAAAAUGGUGGAUUCUACAAUAGUAUAGUUUCAGACAAUAGAAAUUUUGAUACUAAUAUUAGUGAUGAAAAAGAUCCAUUAUCUAUGUCACCAACAAAUCAACCUGAACAACAAAGGUUACACAUGCAAAUGCAAGACAAAACUUUUGAACAAGCUGAUGGUAACGUUAUGACUGGCCAAUCUCCAGCCCAAGCUAGUGUAGCGCCAUCACCCUUACGACAAGAACCUCAUGUGCCUCAGCCGUCAAUGGGUGCACCUUAUGCUCCCAUACAACAAACACAAAACACUGCUACUGAUAAGCAAGACAACAAAAACGCCAAUGCAAACAACAGAUAUCCUGUAGUAAAACUUGGCCGUCUAUCUGAUGGAAUUCUGAAAAAACACGACUUUUCUAAUGAUUCUCGAUCCAGAAAAAAUAGUGUUCUUGAAUCGGAUUCAGAUGAAAACGCGCCGCUUAAACCAAAAUCUAGUAAUUGCACUCCCACUGUAGACAAGGAAAGGGAAGCCAUAGAUAUUGCUAGAGAAAAAAAUUGGGAAGCUGUUAAAAGGAAACAUGAAGAAGCUAGUAAAAAAGAAGAAGCUGAGGCAGCUAUAGUGCGACCCAAACUAAGAAAAGUCGAAAGACGAUUAGUACCUGUUUUAGAAAUGUUGUCAGUGGAUGAAUUAAUGGAAACAAACACGUAUCAACGAUUCAAUAAAUUAAUUGAAUCGGUAUUUGAAACCAUUGAUGAUGAUGUAAUUAUAACAGAAGAAAUGGAGGGUACUGAUAUCCCAGAAGAAUUACUGCUGCCACGGUAUCAACUUCAGGAACUGUGUUCGGAGGCAGCAAAAUUGAAAAACCUUGGUGCUAUGGAAGCAAUACCUUCAGACAGAUUAGUUCGCCUAUUGAAUAUAUUAGAAAAAAAUAUAAGAGCGUCAGAGAAAAUGUCAUUGUUGGGCGAUCCUGAAGACAGUGAAGAAAUGCGGCAGAUAUGGAUAGAAUCAGCUUUAGAAAGAGUGAUGUGUGCGUCAGAUGCAUGUCUCACGUCUUUGUACAUAAUGACAUCCCCGAGCAUGCCGAAACGAAUAUUUUUAGAAGACGUUAUAGAUAGAAUUAUUAUGUUCAUUAAAUUCCAAUUAAACAAUACCAUUUACUGUGUAUAUGAUCCUGUAUAUAGUAUUCAGACGACAUCUAAAAGGAAAGUGGACGGCCGCAAGCGUCGCGGCGGCGGGGCGGGGCUCGCGACGCGUCGCUGCGGCGGCUCCACGCGCGCCGUCAAGGAGCUGUACACGCACGCGCACGAGAGCGUCACGCUGCUCGCGGAACUGUUCGCGGCGCACCACCUCACCGACACCACGGUGCUGCACGCCUCCACUGUUGGCGUCUCGCCCUUCUUCGUAGAGAACGUCAGCGAGCUGCAGCUGUCGGCGUUGAAACUCGUCACGACGAUAUUUACAAAAUAUGAACAACAUCGACGUCUCUUACUGGAAGAUAUAUUGGCAUCGAUAGCCCGUAUACCCAGUUCAAAACACAAUUUGCGUUCCUUUCAACUAAAUGCUGAUCAACAUAUUCAAAUGCUCACGGCGCUUGUCUUACAACUUGUACAAUGUGUCGUCACUCUGCCAGAGACGCUUUGUAAAUCUAAUGAGAAAGACAAGGAACAUUCAGAGUCUUCUGAUAGUAAAAAACCUGUAGAUAAAGACCUGCUCAUAAUCUCAAAGUACGAAGCGGCAAUAAGCGUAGGUGGCACAUUCCUAACGUCAUUCCUAAACAAAUGUCGGAGUCGUUCCGAAGAGGUGGACUUCAGGCCGCUGUUUGAAAAUUUUGUACAUGACCUCUUGACGACCGUUAACAAACCCGAGUGGCCCGCGACGGAAUUACUGCUCAGCUUACUCGGAACCAUGUUGGUGAAGUACAUGUCGGACAAAUCUAUGGAGAUGUCCGUUCGCGUGGCGUCGCUGGAGUACCUCGGGCUGGUAGCAGCGCGUCUGCGCAGGGACAGCGUGCACUCGCGUGGCAAGCUCGCCGCCAUGGACGCUGUCGUGAGGGAUAUCCGCGCCGAGGAGGAGAAGGAUGGCACCCACGGCCAGAACGUGACGUCCGGCCUCGACGAGGAUGAAGAGAGAACGGAAUUCCUGCAGCGGGUCCUGCUGGAUUAUCUCGCGAUAAACGGGCAGAAGGAUCAAGCUUGGAAUUGCGCUCGACAUUUUUAUAUCACGCAGUGGUACAGGGAUAUGGUGGUUCAGCCGAAGAAUACAUCGCCGACAAAAAAGCCUAAAAAUAAAUCUAAGAAGCGUCAUAGAGAACUUUCUAGCGAGGAGGAAUCGGACGCCGACGAAGACAGUGAUGGAGGCCUGAAGGACUCUAAAUCGGAUCGAAAGCAUAUCGCGAGUGCUAUCGAUUCGGCAGAAAAAUUCAAAACAAUAGAACGAAGAAAGAAUUUCUUUAUAGAAAAAAUUAGGCCAUUCCGGUACCAGGGUGGGACCCAAGUGCAGGUGAUGCAAUCGUACAUAGAUUAUAGUGGAGCUGAACUUAUUUCGCAAUAUCUAGCUUCAAAAAGGUCUUUCUCGCAAAGCUUUGAUCGGUAUUUGCGAAAAAUUCUUGUUAUACUGUGCGAAAAUACGAUCGCCAUACGAACGAAGGCGAUGAAAUGCUUGGCGAUGAUAGUCGAAGCAGAUCCGUCCGUAUUGGCGAGGCCUGAUAUGCAGAUCGGAGUGAACCGAUCGUUCCUCGACCAAUCCACGGCAGUGCGGGAAGCUGCCGUCGAUCUCGUUGGAAAAUUCGUCUUGAGCAGACACGAUCUUAUCGACAAGUAUUACUCUAUGCUCUCAAACAGAAUAUUGGAUACUGGCGUAUCAGUAAGGAAACGUGUAAUUAAAAUUUUAAAAGACAUCUGUAUAGAAUGCCCCGAGUUUCCUAAAAUACCCGAGAUAUGUGUAAAAAUGAUCAGACGAGUAAAUGACGAGGAAGGUAUCAGGAAACUGGUUAUGGAAGUAUUUCAGAACAUGUGGUUCAGUCCAUGCCUAAACACCAGCCGGCCGGGAGCCCUCGACAUGACGGCGGCGGCCGCCGACCCUCUCACCAGGAAAGUCCUGAACAUCACGGACGUUGUUAUUUCGUCCAGAGACAUCGGUCUCGAAUGGUUUCAGCAGUUACUUAUGAGCUUAUUCAAACCUAAAGAAGAUAAAGAUGAUUCCACUAAAAUAAUAUAUCAACCGCCUAAAUCGCUGCUAGUAGCUUGUCAACAAAUAGUCGACUGUCUUGUAGAGAGCUUACUACAGUUGGAAGAGACUAGUUCAGAAGGUUCCAGUUCACCACAAAGAAUUUUAGCGUGUCUCUCAACUUUGCAUUUAUUUGCAAAAAUCAGACCGCAGCUGCUCGUUAACCAUGCCUUAACUUUGCAACCGUACCUCAGUUUGAAAUGUCAGAAUCAACACGAGCAGCAAAUAAUGUCGACAGUGGCGUCCACUCUUGAACUAGUCGUACCGCUAAUGGAGCACCCGAGUGAAGUAUUCCUGGCUCAGUUGGAAGAAGAUGCCGUUAAACUUAUUCUGCAGCGCGGUCAACACGUCAUCGCUUCAUGCAUAGCCUGCUUAGCAGCUAUAGUCAACAAUCUCACGCAUAAUUAUAAACUAAUUAGGGAUGUAUUUAAUAAAUAUCACGGAGUCCUACUCCAAUGGAAAAGCAGUUGGCAGCGGAACCCCGAAAUGACACGUUCAUCACAUUCGAGACCUCAUUUUCGUCGUGCACUUUUCAUCGUGGGCUUAUUACUCAGAUACUUUGACUUUACGGACAUCAAAGUCAUUGAUGGUCUUCCAAACGACAUAAAAGAACAGGUUUAUUCAACGCUGAUGUUUUUUGUGGGUUUGGAAGAUGAGGACUUCGUCUCACAUACUCUUAAAGCCCUGGGUUCAGUGUGCGUACGGCAUUACGAAUUCAUGUUACGCCCUGAACUCAAAGAAUUCUACCAUCAACUACUGACUUCAGAUUUAGCUCCGAUAGAAAUGAAAGUAGACGUAUUGAGGAACAUUGAAAUGUACUUACAAGAGGAAGAGCAAAGAAUGAUAAGGCAAGAUAAAGAGUGGUCAACAAGAUCAAAACAUGAGAAUCUCAAGGAGAUGGGUGACGUAUCAUCGGGCAUGGCGUCGACGGUGAUCCAGUUGUACCUAAAAGAAAUCCUCGGCUCGUCCAUACAUCACAGUACGGUCGUGCGGUCCGCCGCCAUGAAGGUUGUACAGCUCGUCUUGGCGCAGGGGCUCGUGCAUCCUGUACAGAUUGUACCAUACUUAAUAAGCAUGAGCACGGACUUAGAGGUAACAGUGUCACACACAGCGGACAAAAAUCUUCAGGAAAUAGAUAAAAAAUAUCCCGGUUUCAUCCACAUGAAAGCGCAACUAGGAAUCAAACUAUCAUACCAGUUACAAAAAACUUUGCAGUCGAACAGCAGAGAAAAAAACGUCAUAAGGGGAUUUAGGAAAAAAGAACUUGAUGAUCUACCCACUGCCCUUAACGGGUUUUUAUAUUCACUAUUGAGGAACACAAGGCCGCAGAGACGAGCUUUAAUUUUGUCAUUACUAAAACAGUUUGACGAUGUGUCGACUGCUCCAUUAGAUCAGAUGCUGUACCUGGCCGAUAAUUUAAGUUACUUUCCAUAUCAAGUACAAGAUGAACCAUUGUUCAUAAUACAUCAUAUAGAUAUCAUAAUUUCAACGUCAGGGUCAAAUUUAUUACAGCUUUUUCGUGAGGGCUUAAUAAAAUCCAAUGCGGGAGAGAAAGGUACCGCGGAGGAAGAGGAGGAGGAGGAAGAAGAAGACGCAGAGGCGUUGGAGGCGCGGGUACCGGACAACACGCGCGCGCUGCGGGACGCCAUGCGCCAGGCGCGCGGCUGUCUGCUGCUGCUCGUACUCAAGCAGCACCUCAAGCAACUCUACGGAUUCACAGAUGCUAAAAUCAAUCAAUAUUCUCCAUCGGAGAGUGUGAAAGUAUACGAGAAGGCGGUGUCCCGACGGCACGCGCCAAUAUUCGAGCCCAAGGCCACGAUUUUGCAGCUGCAGGAAGACGAGUGCGAAGACGAACUCGACAGACGCGGCCGCCGUAGACUCAUCAACGAUUACCUCGAAUUGAAGCAGCUAAUGCUGAAGUUCGACCCAGAAGAGGAGGACGAAGAAGAGAGUGCGGCGGGCGGCGGUGCCCCUCCCCCUCCCCCUACCUAGCGUCCCCUUCCCUCUGCCCCUCCCGCGCCCCUAGACUGACCGCUCCGCCGACCGACCGCCGCGUUACUUCGAUCGGUUUAUUUAUUAGCGCUCGAGAGCAGGACGAGAGCCGCCUUGUACAGUGUCCGGCGACUCCCGCCCCGCGCCCUCGAUGCGCCCGCGACGAUUACGACGUCUUUGUACAACUUAUAUUUGAUAAACUCUUGUUUUUUUUUAUUAUUAUUUUAUUUUAUUGAAAAGUCUUGUGUGUAGAUAAUUUUUUUAUGGAGAAUAUAAAGUGUAUGUAUGUACCUACUCUGUUUUGCGUUUCCGUGUGCCGUGCCGGUGAACGGCCUAAAUUGUCACCGGUGCGGCGGUCGGUGCGUCCGUGUGUCCGAUCGACCGACAUCUGUUAAGAUUUUUACUUAUAGUUUUUUUUUUUUGCAUAAGAGAGAGGGUACCCGUUGCAAUGAUUUGCAUUUCUUAUAAUGAUAAUUAUAAUAUAAAAAAAUAUUGUAAAUAAAUCGAUAUAACAUUAAAGUUACGAAGUUAGAUUUUUAA